AUGGGGCCAGGGGUCUCUCCUGAAGACAGUCAGAUACCAGAGCCCACCUUGUCUUCCAUGGGCCCAAGGAAAGACACUGCCAUUGGGCUCCAUGGCUGGAUGGCAGGACCUAGCACAUCACUCUGCAAAAAAAAGAGGAAGCCCAACCUCUGCCUCCAGGAGACUAAGGUGCUGGUGUCUACAGUCAUCAAGCACCACCGGCUGCUGUCCAAGUCAGGGCUGCUGAAGGCUGAGCCCACCCACAGGUGCCAGAUGUGGAGCCGGAUCCUACAGGCGCUGAAUGCACUGGGCUACUGCCACCAAGAUGUGGUGGACCCGGAGCACAAGUGGGUAGACCUGUGUGCUGUUGUGUGGCACAAGCUGGGUCAGCUCUAGAAGGUGCCUGUUGGCCCAGGCUCUGUUCAGCUCUGGCUCACACCCAUGGAGUGGGCGGUAGCUAGGAUGUUCCUGUGCCAGGCCCUGCUCCCUGAGCGUUUCCGCCUGGAGCUGCCUCUUGCCACCCAGGGUGAAGCUCUUGACAUUCAGGAGCUGUGCCAGGUCACAGUGGCCAGUGCCUUUCAAAUCAACUCCCAUGUGACGUCCUUGGAACAGAGCCUCCAUUCCUUGGGGGAACUAAGUAACAGACAGGCGCUUCAGGACAGGCUGCUUGAAGUCCAGCAAGACACCAAGAAAACCGCCGCCGCCAGCUCCAGUGCCAUGAAGCAGGUGUCAGAGCUGUGGGGCUUCUGCCUGCAGGAGCACCGUCAGCUGCACUGGCUGAAAACCCAACUCUCAGAUGCUAUUCACUAUGGAGUGGUGCAGAGGAGGAUUGCAGAAAAGCCCAAAGCACUGCUUUCCAGCAUGCAGCAGGGCAGUAAGCAGGCCUGGCCGAUCGCCAGAAGAAACUUUAGUGGAAAUGAUAGCUAAGUGGCAGGGCCAGAGCAGGUGCUGCUUCUAUACUUGACUAAGGAGGACCUGGAUGCCAGCUGACUGCACAGGGAGGCCAUCCUGCAGAUGCUGGUGAGACUUGCAUGUGUUGACGCUCAGCUUUCCACCAUGGGGACUGCCAAGAACUCCAGGGCUCAAGGAGCCAGCCUGUUGUAG